AAGGCGGAGUAUCUCCGUAGCUAUUUCCUAAGGCACACACAGGCUGAGAACGGCGCGCAUUAGAGUCUUGAAAGAAACACCGUGGGGAUGUUAAUCUGUGCACUUAGAACUGCUCUUAUUCAAGGUUCCAGAGUCUGGCAUCCUAGUUUUAGGACGUUAAGGGCUAUGUCAUCAACAAGUGGACAGCUACCCAACUAUGAGACGCUGCUUGUCAGCCGCCCACGAGAGAAUGUGUUACAUGUAGAGUUAAACCGACCAAAUAAGAUGAAUGCAAUGAACCAGGCAUUUUGGAGAGAGAUGGUCGAGUGUUUCAAUGCAAUUGCAGCAGAUACGGAUUGUCGGGCUGUGGUGGUUUCUGGAGCCGGAAAGUGCUUUACUGCAGGUAUUGACUUGAUGGAGAUGGCAAGUAACGUGUUGCAGCCAGAAGGGGAUGAUGCAGCUCGAAUGGCCUGGAAUUUGCGUCGCAAGAUUUGCGAAUAUCAAGAGUCCUUCACAGUGAUUGAGAAGUGUCCAAAGCCUGUCCUGGUGGCUGUUCAUGGUGCCUGCAUUGGAGGAGGGGUGGACCUCAUUACUGCUUGUGAUAUUCGUUUCUGCAGCAAAGACGCAUGGUUUCAAGUUAAGGAAGUAGAUAUCGGCUUGGCUGCAGAUGUGGGAACAUUGCAACGACUGCCCAAAGUGAUUGGAAGCCAGAGCCUUGUUAGUGAGCUGGUGUACACAGCGCGGAAGAUGAUGUCUGAUGAAGCACAGAGCUGUGGACUUGUCGGCCGUGUUUUUCCUGACAAGGAGACUUUGAUUGAAGGAGCUCUAGACAUGGCAUCUGAGAUUGCCUCCAGAAGUCCAGUUGCUGUUCAGGGAACCAAAAUUAACAUGGUGUAUUCACGAGACCAUGGUGUGCCAGAGGGCCUACACUACAUUGCCACCUGGAACAUGAGCAUGCUACAGACCACUGACCUAAUGAAGUCUGCACAAGCUGCCCUGGAGAAGAAAAGUCCAAAAGAUGUGGUGUACUCCAAAUUGUAGUGCCACCAUUUGCUGUAGGUGUUAGGCACAUUUAGAUAUCAACAUAUCAGGUGGCACACCACUGGGCUUGACUUUGCUGCUUUAGAUAUCUAAUCUCCUAUGCAUUUAAUUUUUGGUUUUUUAGAAAUUAAAAAAAUAAAUAAAAAAUUUCUAAGGCA